CCCCCCCCCCCCCCGGAGCCGCGCGAAAGGGGCGUCGCCGCCGCCAUGGCCGGUUGUUGUCACUCCCUGGCAGCGGGUUAUGGCGACGGCGGUGAAUGAAUUCUCCGGGCGGCAGAGGGAAAAAGAAGGGCUCAGCCGGCUCCAGCUCCGCGCCCCCGGCCGCCGCGGCCUCGCCCUCCUCGCCGCCCGGGCCGGCCCCCCCCGUGCCGCCGGCGGGGGCGGCGGCGGCGGCGUCCCCCCACAAGCGGAACCUGUACUACUUCUCGUACCCGCUCUUCGCCGCCUUCGCCCUGCUCCGCUUCGUCGCCUUCCAGCUCGGGCUGCUCUUCGCCUGGCUCUGCGAGCGCCUCUCCCGCGGCGCCCUCAUGGCCGCCAAGGGCAGCAGGGCCGGGGCCGGCGACGCGCCCGAGCCCGGCGGGGCGCCCGAGACGGUGCGGGCCUGCCACAAGCGGGCCUUCGAGUGCAUCUCCAUGGCGCUGCGCAUCGACGAGGACGAGAGAGCAGGACAAAAGGAACAAGCUGUUGAAUGGUAUAAGAAAGGAAUUGAAGAACUGGAAAAAGGAAUAGCUGUCUUAGUAAUUGGUCAAGGUGAUCAGUGUGAACGGGCUCGACGUCUGCAAUCUAAAAUGAUGACAAAUUUGGCAAUGGCCAAGGAUCGCUUGCAGCUUUUAGAGAAGCUGCAGGCAGUUUUGCAAAUUCCCAAGCCGCAAAUGGAGGUCUAUAAUGACAGUACUAACCUGGCAUGCCGCAAUGGACAUCUCCAGUCAGAAAGUGGAGCGGUUCCAAAAAAGAAGGAUCCCUUAACACACACGAGUAAUUCCCUUCCUCGUUCAAAAACUAUUGCAAAAGCUGGAUCCACAGGCCUUUCAGGUCACCAUAGAACACCUAGCUACAGUGGGAUAUCAACUUCUUCUGUGUCUAGACCAGCACCUAAUCCUGCAGCUUCAACUCAUAAGACUGCUCCUAAAAAUAGCAGAACAAAUAAGCCUUCUACUCCUACCACUGCUCCUCGAAAAAAGAAAGACUUGAAGAUAUUUAGAAAUGUGGACAGUAAUCUUGCUAAUCUUAUCCUGAAUGAAAUUGUUGAUAGUGGACCAGCUGUCAAAUUUGAUGAUAUUGCAGGGCAGGAACUGGCUAAACAAGCUUUGCAAGAAAUUGUUAUCCUUCCUUCUCUUAGACCUGAGUUAUUUACAGGACUUAGAGCUCCUGCACGUGGUUUACUGCUGUUUGGCCCUCCAGGAAAUGGGAAGACAAUGUUGGCCAAAGCAGUUGCUGCAGAAUCAAAUGCUACUUUCUUUAAUAUAAGUGCAGCAAGCCUAACUUCAAAAUACGUGGGUGAAGGGGAGAAACUGGUGCGUGCUCUAUUUGCAGUAGCCAGAGAACUUCAGCCUUCUAUAAUUUUCAUUGAUGAAGUUGAUAGCCUUUUGUGUGAAAGACGAGAAGGUGAACAUGAUGCUAGUAGGCGUCUAAAAACAGAAUUUUUAAUAGAAUUUGAUGGUGUGCAGUCUUCUGGAGAGGACAGAAUACUUGUGAUGGGAGCAACAAACAGGCCACAGGAGCUUGAUGAUGCUGUUCUCAGACGAUUCACCAAACGGGUAUACGUGUCUUUACCAAAUGAGGAAACAAGAUUGAUUUUGCUAAAAAAUCUUCUAAGCAAGCAAGGAAGUCCAUUGACCCAAAAAGAGUUGGCGCAACUAGCUAGAAUGACAGAUGGAUACUCUGGAAGUGAUUUAACUGCAUUGGCGAAGGAUGCAGCGCUGGGCCCUAUUCGAGAACUAAAACCAGAACAGGUGAAGAACAUGUCUGCCAGUGAGAUGAGAAAUAUCAAACUAUCAGAUUUCACUGAGUCUUUGAAGAAGAUAAAGCGCAGUUUGAGCCCUCAGACCCUGGAAGCAUAUAUUCGCUGGAACAAGGACUUUGGAGAUACCACAGUGUGAAACACUACUUGAAGUGAAACAAAGUGCUGCCUAAGGAGCAAUUGGUACAGGCUACUGGAAAGCAGCCAGAGUUUACAGGACUUUACAGAUCUUUAAGUAUCUGCAUUAAAACUUGAGAUUAAGAAAAAAUUAUACAAUGUGAAAUGUGUUCAUCAAAGCCUCCUUGCCAUUUAGUGAGGAUUUACACACUGUUAAGAGCACAAUAGGACUUGAGAUAAGAUUCCUAGCAAUCUGAUUAUGGUUUGAACAAUAAUGUAUGUAUUUUGUUUCAGCUAGAAGGCUCUGAUGAUAUUGAUCAUUGGAAAACCUUUUCCCUAUGUUGUGCGUGUGGCUUUUUGUUUUUAAUUUUUCCAUGACAUUGAUGUCUGGCUUGCUUCCUUAUAACUACUAACUUACAAUUGGAGGUUUGUAAACUUUGGUUCAGUUUUUGACUUUUUUAUCCUUAAUGUGCCAAAUAAAACAAUUUCCCUAUGCAGAAAUGAAGAACAGCAUUGGGGAAUUAUGGUUAUUAAAAUGUAAAAAGCAGCUGGUCUGUUAUUAUUUGUCUUUUUGUUUAGUUGUAAUGUGACUGUAUUGUUCACAGAACAGUUUUAAAGACCUUUGAUAGCAGAACAGCAAAAAAACCCAACCCUAUAAAACCCAUUCAAACUGUCUUUUAAAAAAAAUUACUAAAUAAAAAAAAUAGACUAAGACAUUCAUUUACUGGCAGUAUUUUCUCUUAACGCAUUUUGUAACGCUUCUAUUGGUAGAAUGUUAGCUUACGCUUAUGGUGUACAACUUGGAAGCCCAGCUGCUGUUUGAGAGAGUAAGUGAUGCUAAUUGUCAAGUUUCAGAAAUGACGUGUUUCUACUCUGUAUUUUGGUCUGUUUAUGAUAAUUGAAAGUAAAAUUUCCAUUGUGAUAAUUUUUUUAAUCUACACAUGUAAGCAUUAAAAUACAAGGCUACAUGUUUAAUACAUGGCACACAUUAAUGUUUUUAUAGCUUUCAUAUGUUUUGGUUUAUAUAUUAAAGUAUGAAACACUCAACUGAUCUGCUUUUUUAAAAAGAAACUGCAUCUUUGUACAAAUACUUGUUUUUAUUAUAUAAAUGACAAGCUAUUUAAAAAAAACCACUUAAGUGAUAGCCUUUAAAUACUGUAAUAAAGGAAAACAUCUUUGCCUUUACUUCUAAAGGCCUGACAACUUGUUUACAAAUUCCACAUGGAUUAAACACAGAUGUUUGCAAGGCAGAGCAGUAGUUCCUUUUUAGAGCAGGUUUGUGGGUUUUUAUUUGGGUAUUGUUGUUGUUUUGGUUUGUUUUUUUUUUUCUUAAAAAAAAAAAAAGACAACUCUCCCAACUUAGUGAUGUUACAAAAGUGCAUAUUGUUUACAGUUGUUUAAACUAAAUUGAGUUAUAAGCUUUGUUUAGUUUUGGUCUUAAAAGAAAAUUCUGUUCUUAAUUUUUCAUUUAACUUAUUUUUUAUUGGUAGGAGUAAGUCAAAUACUUCUGGGACUACUCACCUGAAAGUUGACUAUAAAUAAUAUAUUUUAUAUAUAUAAAAAUCUAUAUGAAAAAAACUCCUAGCUGAUAGAUGCAGUGUAAGUAUAGUAAUACCCAGAGAGGACUCUGUGCUCACUGUGUAGUAUUGGGUACUAAAUAGCAGAAACUGUGUCAAACUUUUGAGACACACAGAUGCAAUAUGUUUGGGAUUCUGUUUUUUUGACCCAGAGAUGCUUUUAACUGAUCUUAAGAUGAAAAGCAAUUAAAUCAGAGAAGAUUGUGUUACACUAGUAUGCCUUUUGAAAUAGUCUAACUAAACCUCUUCUAGCCUUCUAAGGGUAUGACUCUCUCAAAUGUAUGUCUGAUGUAAAUGAAACAUGUGACUUCCAUUCCCCUGAUUCACUUCCCUGGAGAAGUAAGAAAUGCUAAAAGAUUGCAGUUUCUUAAAUCUCAUGUAUUGCUUGCUUUGCCUUAGUUCUGCCCUCAGUAGACCAUAUCUAUUGUUGGAAAUUCCUGGCUGACUUGAUCCGUAUUUGUCGUAGACUUCAUAGUGCUAAGGAUGAAUAUUACUGUUCUAUUAGCGUCUGCCAGAUAGCUAAACAACUAAGAAAGGCCCUUAGUCUUCCUAUUCAUAAAGCUUGUAAACUUUCCUUGAGAUCCUUUGCAAAUGAGAACUUUGAGGGUAACACUUCUGGUUUUGAGUGUUCCUAAAUAUUUGUUAGCAAAUUCUGUUUUCCUCCACUUAGUUUUGAGGAACAUACCAGUAUUUAUUUCAAAUACAUGCCUAUUGGCAUGUGAUAGGUACCUGAGAUGCGGAGGUACAAGUUCCCAUCUGCUAGAGCACCACCAGCACGCAGCACAAAGGGUCAGAAGUCUCGGCUGCUACUUCAGAAAGAAAAGGGACUAGCCCUUUCACUUCUUUGUACAACCAGUUCAGGUCAAAAGAAUCUGUGUGACUGGUACGACUGCUUUUUGGUUAUCUAUUCUGCCCCGAUUGUUUUCUGCAUAAUGGAUGAACUACAGCUCUAUAAAUUAUUUCUAGAACACAGUAAUAAGAACUUAAUUUUGUUCUGCAACAUCAGUUUGCCCCUCAGCUGCUGGAUUUUUAACACAUGACCAAGUGCCAUUUGGUUCAUACAUCGCCUUUAAAUGUCUGUCUUAUGCUAUUUUUUUGAAUAGUAUAUUUUAAGAAUAAUUCUGUUCUCCUUAAGGCAUUAUCUUGUAUCUUCUGGUUGCUUGCUUUACAUGUACUAAGUCCCAGCCCUGUGAUUUUCAUCUAUGCGUUGGAUUAACUGUGUAUAAAAGCCUAUCUGAAAAAAACCAUACCAACCACCAAAAAAACCAACUAACACCCCCCCCCCCCCCCAAACCCUGUAUUUCCCAAAUCUAUGGUAUUUUAUAUAGAACUUUGCACCUGCAUUUGCCAUAAAAUCAGAUUGUGUUCUAAUACAGCAUCUUGAAUUAAGAUAGGACAAGCAGGACAGCAGCUUGGAUGCUUUUAACCUUUGGAAAUAUUACCAUUGUGUUAGCUCUCAAACCACCUUUUUCUUCCUUUUUGUUUUUUUUUUUUCUUUUUCUCCCCUCUCCUUGAAUUGACCCACUUUUUUGAGAUGAUUAGAAAGCAGUUUGUCUGGCCCUCUGCAAGUGUGUUCUGCUGACUUAAAGUGUAGCAGUUACUGGAGGGAAUAAAAAAACCAAUCCAUGCCUGUUUUUUUUAACAACCUUCUUCAUGCAGCUUUGCCUUUUUGGAAGAACAAUGUCUUCUCAGGCAGCAGAUUGCUGCUUUUCAUGGCAUAACAGGAGAGAAGAACUCGGGCACUGUGUGAUGCUCUUUCUCCUUAACACAAGAAUUUGUCAUGUGUUAACGAUGUUCCCUUUACUAAUGUUGUCUUUUCUGUAGAGUACACCAAACCUGUACAGAUUAUCUCCUUGCAGCUAAGACAAAACCAACGCUGAAUAUUAAAGAUAAGCCUUAAACUAGGAUAUUUAUGCACACAUAAGUCUCUGUCCUGUUAGUUUCUUAGACUUUACAGAGUUCAGUGUAUUAGAAAUAGGCAUUCUGCCCCUGAGAUGUCUUACUGACUCUACUUCAGAAAGUCAGUUGCUAAUACAGUUUUGUUGAAUAUGGCCCUGCAACUUACUUUAUGUAGAUAAUAAAUGUGAUAGUAACACUUCAAAAAGGAAAAGAAUGGGAUCUCUGAACUGAGAAGGAAUUUGUUGUCACUGUACUAAUUGGAGGCCAUUGCUGAUUUCACUGCUAGAUUCCCUCAAAUGUUUUUAAAAUGACAGUUCUUAUAUGUAUAACUUACUCAGACAGUUAACCUCACCUUCUGGUGCAGAAUAAAUAGUAUUUUUUCUAUUCUAAACAAGCGGGUUUUGGCACUGGCUGGCAUUGCUGCCAAGUCCCUCCUGUGAAAUUUAAGUACUUUUUACUGGGAGUACUGAAGUCGGAUAUGCUGGCACAUUUAACUGAGAUGUCUCUUCUGCAACCAGUAUGGAAAGCAGCGUUCUACUUGGCGCUUCCUUAACCACCUAUGGUGAAACUUUGUGCCCUAGAUUCUUACAGUGCUUUCGUACCCAAGACAUGGAUAAUGCAUAGUUGUGCCUAAAACGUGCUUAUCUAGCUGCUCCAGUGCUUCAGCGAUGCUUCUGCAUGUGGCAGCUUUGGGAGGUGGCAAGCGCUAUUGUAGGUUACAGAUCUUGAUUCGUUGUCUGUGGCAGUCUCAAGCUUUUGUGAUGUUUUUAGUGGCGGGGACUUCUACCAGAUAUCAAAAACGGAAUGAAAAGUAGCAAGCAGGUAGUGAAUGCAACUAGUUAUCUCGGUCAUUGUGCUAAUUAGAGGUGGUUGCUGAUUUCAUUGUUAGGUUCUCUUGAGCUGCUAUUUAGUGUUGAAGGAUGUUGUUUUACUCAUCUGUGUGAAUUUUCAUGCUUAGGGUGAUCUGCUGGUUAUCCUAAGAGAAGACCAAUGGAUCAGUUAUUUUCUUCUAGAAUUUUUUUCUUUAAAUAUUCUUGUCAAUAUUUUUUCUUUUAAAUACUGUAACUAUAAUUCCACAGGAUGAGGAGGUUAAACUGUCGCUUCCUGCAAAUGCAAAAUCAUCUUCUGAAGUAUGGGGAAAUGUGUAUUGUGUUUUUCCUGCUUCUCAUGUAAACUGUUAACUGUCUUAAAGUAGAAACUGUUUACUUUGUCAAUAACUACCUCCUGAGUUUGGCAAUAAUUGGCAAGGUAUACACUCCUUCAGUGGAUUAAAUCUGUUGGCUAAACACUGUGGGUUCUUCAGAGUUUGAUCUUUUGAUUUGCAAAUUCUUGACAUGAUGUCUGGAAACUACAGUGAUCAACCUUGUUUUGCUGUAAGACUUUCCUUGCCUCCAUAAGACGCACUUGUUAAAAUCCUGUUUCAGAGAAGCGGCUUUGAGGAAAAAGGGCAAUGUUCUUUGCAGUUGGUUAAUAUAGGCGUAUUCUUCUAAGAUGCUGGGGUGUAGCCUCUCGGUUCUGUGGGUUUUUUUACUGUUAGACGUGGGGAAGAAAGUACUUCAUCUAAUACUCGCACACCUGUCAAAGGGACUGGAAAUAUAGAAACUGUUUUUGCCACAAGAUUCAAUUUUUUAUUCAUGUGAAGGGCUAGUCAGUAUUUUUCAGAAAUCUGGUUUAAAAUGACAAAAACCAAAGGCGAAGACAAAACACUAUACCCCACCCCCAUUAAAUAUGUUGGGUGACUCCAGUCUGGGAUGGGGUUAACUCUUGUAUCUUGUUGUUUUGAAGCACUUUUGUUUCAUUGUUCUUUUAAGAAUGUUUUCUGAAAUGUUAAAACACCAUUUUAUUAAUAAGCAAUGUAAAAAAGCAUGAUGAGCAGUCACAUAGCUUUAGCUUCACAAUAAAAUGUUGCAUUUGUCCUGUU